AUGUUAAAGUUAAUGACCAAUAAUAAGAGAGGACAUGAUACCAUGUCAAUGGAUACUUCGCCCAUCACACCUCCAUGUACUCCAUUUGAUUUCUCUCAACAACAAUUACAACAACAACAAUUAGAACAACAACAUCAACACCAACAACAACAAUACCAACAACAUCAACAAGAGCAAUUUAAUCGCUCUAUGAUAUUUUCAUCACUAAACAAUCAACAACAACAACAACAAAAUAUCAAUAGUAAUAAUAAUGAUGCCCAUAGAAUUAAAAGAGUUAGACAACAAACACAAACAUUUGCUCGUAAAGACUAUGAUUAUUUUAACAAGGCAGAGAGUCCAAUCAACUCUGUCGUAACCAACCUCUUGUCAAAAGAGAUGGAAAAGAAGGAAAAGAAAGAUAGCAACGAUAUGUUUAAAUUCAAUGGAGGUCAAAAUGAUCAUUUGUUAAAGAUGGAUAGUAGUUUUGUUCCACAACAACAACAACAACAACAACAAAAGAAUAAUAGUUUUAGUCUGGGUGGUGAAUCAUCCUCAUCAUCAUCGUCGUCUGGCGGCGACAAGAAAAUAUUUUCAUUGGAAGAGGUUAGAGUAUUGAUCAAAAAGGCAUUGGAAGAACACGAGGCAAAGCUCAGACAAGAAUAUGAAACCAUUUUACAAGAUAAGAUGCACGAACAAUUCCAAUGUUUCACUAGAUACAACGAAGAUUAUCUUUCAAAGCAAUUGCGUGAAAGUGAUUUUAGUUACAUGUCUUAA